CAUUUUAGUGACGAGUUAAUUAUAAUCAUUAAACUGAAUCACAACUGGUAACAGGAUGACCUAUCCCCUCUAUGUUUACAUGGACCAACACUUCGCGCUCACGUUUGGAAUUUAAACUUACCAAGUCGUGCCGAUUGAAUCCGCGCACAUGGUAUUACAACAACGAAAAAUACAAGAUUUUGUGCACAUAACUUUGUCACAGCGAAGUAACAGUAAGUGACAUGGGAAAAGUACGGUGUUCGAAGUGGUGCAAAUGCAUUCCAUGUUUUCGUGCAAAAUUUACCCCAAAUCAUGAUACACCCCUACAGCCACUGCCAAAACCCAAGGAAGCAGAAGAAACAGACGGUCUUCCAUAUAUUGACGCCAAAGAAGAUUCCGAUAUAUUAAUAAUAAGAAAAAUAGAUCCAUGUUUAACCUUAAAUGGUGUAUCUCAUCACACCUCAAAGUUUGAAUUGAUGAAUCGUCAGUAUGAACCACAACUUGUAGUUCGACGAGGUCAAAGCUUUAGACUCGAUGUUACACUGAAUCGACCAUACAACGAAGAAAAAGAUGGGAUAUCAUUCAUAUUUACAGUUGAGGAUGAUGAAAAACCGAAUUAUGGUCAUGGUACCUUAGUUGCGGUUCCACUAUUAAAAAGACCCGAUAGACACUUAUCAUGGAAUGUGGUUCUCGAAAAUGCGAUAGACAAUACGUUGACAAUCCAAAUUACCACCGCUUCAGAUGCGGUUGUAGCCAAAUGGCAUAUGGAAAUUGAUACCAAAAUAAUUAAUGAUGGAGCCUAUAGUUACAGCUGGGACACGGGAAUUUACAUUUUGUUUAAUCCUUGGUGCAAGCAAGAUCAAGUUUACAUGAAAACAGAAGAUUGGCGCGAAGAAACAAUAUUAAAUGACGUGGGAAUUAUUUGGAGAGGAACAGCAAACAGGAUGCGCCCAGUUAUAUGGAAAUAUGACCAGUUUGAAAAAGAUAUUCUUGAAUGUUCUCUCUAUUUGAUCCAUGUUAUUGGGAAAGUGAAAAGCAAUUAUAGAGGAGAUCCCGUCAGAACAGCUCGAGCUCUAGCAGCUGCUGUUAAUUCCGCUGACGAUUUAGGUGCCGUCAUGGGUAACUGGUCAGAAGAUCACAGUGGAGGAACCGCGCCGACGAAUUGGUUAGGCAGUAAAGAAAUUUUGCAAAAGUUUUAUAAGAAAAAGAAACCUGUGAAGUAUGGACAGUGUUGGGUCUUCUCUGGAGUUCUUACUACAAUUUCUAGAGCUGUUGGCAUACCUGCUCGUACAGUUACGAAUUAUUCGUCGGCACACGACACGCAAAGUUCUCUCACAGUGGAUUAUUUUAUGGACGAGAAGGGUUCAAUAAUGGACGAACUGAAUUCUGACUCGAUUUGGAAUUUCCACGUUUGGAACGAAGUUUGGAUGCAAAGACCUGAUUUAGGUAGAGAUUAUGGUGGAUGGCAAGCCGUCGACGCUACGCCUCAAGAACUUAGUGAAGAAAUGUAUAGAGCUGGUCCCACUUCUGUGUUUGCUAUCAAGCAAGGAGAAGUUUUAAGACCAUAUGACGGUGGUUUCUUGUAUGCUGAAGUAAACGCAGACAAGGUAUUUUGGCGGUACGCUGGUCCAACUCAACCUUUGAAACUUCUACGUAAAGAUGUGUACGGAGUUGGAAAGCAAAUCAGUACAAAAGCACCAAAUAGAUUUGAAAGAGAAGAUAUCACAAGCCACUAUAAAUAUCCCGAGAAAUCUACUGAAGAAAGAACGACUAUGCUGAAAGCUUUGCGCCAAUCAGAGAACGCCUUCUCAAGGUAUUACCUAAAUGAAGACUUUAAUGACGUAUAUUUUAAUUUUGAGCUACGGGACGAUAUUAAAAUAGGCCAACCAUUUGACGUAGGUUUAGUAAUGAAAAAUCGAAACAAAGUUGUAGAUUAUAAAAUUAAUGUUAUUUUGCGCGUAGAAGUCGUUACUUAUCAAGGAAAGGUAGGUGAAAACGUGAAAAGUCAAGAUUAUAAUGUAAUAGUGAAGGCUGAUUCUACCCACGAAGUUAAGAUGAACGUAACGUAUGCAGAAUAUUCUAAACGACUUCUUGAUCAGUGUUCAUUUAUAAUAUCGUGUCUAGCGACUGUAGAGGACACGAAAUACGAAUACUAUGCCCAAGAUGAUUUUAGAGUGAGGAAACCUGAUAUUAAAAUUAUUUUACAAGACAAACCAAUUGAAAACAAGGAAGUUAUUGCUGAUAUUUUUGUUGAAAAUCCUUUACCAGUACCGUACAAAAAAGGUGAAUUUACAGUCGAGGGACCUGGAAUUGAGAAAAAGCUUAAAAUAAAAGUAAAAAACAACGUUCCGCCUGGUGAAACGGCUAAAGGACAGUUUAAGUUUACCCCUCCUAAAACAGGAAAGCAUACAAUUGCUGCCAAAUUUGUUUCCAAAGAAAUCGAUGAUGUUGACGGAUAUUUAGUGAUAACCGUUGAGCCAAAUAAAGAAGAAAAUGGAAGUAGACUAUAAUUUUUCAAGUACAAAGACAAAAAAAGCUCCAACAUAAACAAAUAGCUAGAGUGGUUCUAUAAGUUCAUAUUUAGGUACCACUUUUAAAU